AGAAAGGCGCCGCGGCAGCACCACGUGUGACAGACUCGGUGCACUCGGUUUGUCAGCAGCUCUCGCAGUAGUUCUCCUGACCGGCUAAGUCGAAUUAAAGUCCAUUCCCUUCUGAAUUUAUUGAGCGGCUGAACAACAUGGAAGACGCAAUGGCACCGCAAACCUUCCUUUAUGGUUGUACACUUGAAAAUAAAAGUGAAGUGGUGUUCAACCCAGGAGAUGAGUUCGAGCACCAGCUCGACCUCCGGAUGGUGUGCGUGGACCAGACCACCAAAGAUGAAAUAAACACAGUGGAGGUGGAGGUUCAGGAUGGUGAGGGGCGUACGGUCAAAGCUGUGCUGGCGUCCCUGAAGCCCUCAACUUUGCCAAGUGUUUGCCUUGGUGGCUUCUCAAUCACUCCCCCAGCUGUCUUUCGGCUUAAAUCGGGAUCUGGUCCGAUUCACAUCAGCGGACAAUGUCUCGUCAUGAUGGAUUCAGAGUCUGAUGAAGAUGAAGAUGAAGAGGAGGAAGAAGAGGAAGAGGAAGAGGAAGAGGAAGUGCCCGUGAAGGCAACAAAUAAAAGACCUGCUUCCUCCCCAUCGUCCAAAUCUCGGAAAAAGUCGAAAAUGGAGGUUGAGGAAGACGAAGAUGAUGACAGUGGGGACGAUGAAGAUGAGUCCAUGGAAGAUGAAUCGCCAGUCAAGGCGAAACCUGCCCCAGCUAAAGCCAAGUCUCAAAAUGGCAAGGCUGUGAAACAACCUCCUGCUAAAAAGGAGAAACCAGCAAAGGGAAAAGAUGGCAAAACACCCAAAACCCCUCCAACUCCAAAGACACCCUUGACCGUACCGGAGAUCAAAGUCAAGAUAACGGAGGCCAUGAAAAAGGGGGUGUCACUUCCGAAGCUGCAGAGCAAGUUUGAGAACUUCGUCAAGCACAGCUAUAAACUUGAAGACGCAAAGGCGCUUGCUGAGCUGUGGAAGUGGAAACAGACAGUCACAGAUUCCAAAUAAUUUACCAACUUUCUUUUGACUUGUUUGUACCCAUAGCAACCAGUAAGCCAAUUUUUGUGCCUCUCACGGAAUCCAACUGUUCUCCUGCAAAACGUAAUGAUGUAACUGUUUUAAAAAGGUGGUUUUAUACAGAAGGCGGCGAAGCCAUAGACCUGAAGGCGCUACUGGCUUUCACGAGUCCAGCCUGCUGAUUGUUCAUGUUCUCAUUGGAUUCCUUGUUCAAACCAUGUUGCACUUUUUAUACUGAAAACUCAGAUGUUGAGAUUAAAAAGUUUGAGUUCAUUGAAGCGGUUGGCUUUGAUGCUUUAUGUGCUUUGCCGUCCAGUAGUUGAAACAGCGUGUGGUAACAAUGGGACACAGGGCCAUGACUAUAUGCAUGCAGGUGUGGCGCAACAAGUGUGAACCGAAUGGUUGACAAUGUUUGCCUGUGAAAAAAAUUGAGAUUAAAAGUGAACGGUCAGCCGUCGGUCUUCAGCAUGACUGUCUGAAUGCAUGUGUUGUGUAAACGGAAGGAUGGGAGAGACUCCAGGCUUUCCCCCCAGUGGCCACUCACCUUGGAAGAGUUGGAGAGAGAAAAAUGUUGAGGUUCAUCAUUCCAUUUUUGAGUGAAACUGUGCUGUGGGUUUGGUUAAUAAAAUGUGA